AUGGAAACUGAAAAUGGAAAUAAAGACAAGGCAAUCGAAGAAGAAAGCAUUGAAAAGAAAAAAGACGGAGAAAAAAAGAAAAGGUCUCGAGUUAAACAGGUGCUUGCUGAUAUUGCUAAGCAAGUGGACUUUUGGUUUGGAGAUGCCAAUCUUCACAAGGAUAGAUUUCUUCGUGAACAGAUAGAGAAAUCUAGAGAUGGGUGUAAAUCGCUCUUAAAAGCAAAAAGGAAGCAUAAGAAAAAACAUAAAGAGAGACAUAAAAUGGGAGAAGAGGUUAUACCGUUAAGAGUACUAUCAAAGAGUGAAUGGAUGGAUUUGAAAAAAGAGUACUUAGCUCUGCAAAAAGCUAGCAUGGCUUCUUUAAAAAAAACAAUAUCCCAAAUAAAAUCAGAGUCAGAAAUGGAAACAGAGCAUGGCGACUCUACUAAGUCUGGAAAGAAAAACGAAAAAACAAACAAUGAAGAAUGUCGCCCCCAGGAGGUUAAUGCGUUGGGACCACAGUUUGUGGGUGGAGUGAUUGUGAAGAUCAUUAGUGUGGAGGUGCUACCUGGCAGGAAACAAGUCCGGGACACUUUGGCAGCAAUCUCAGAAGUUGUAUAUGUUGAUUUGUUAGAAGGAGAUACAGAAUGCCAUGUAAGAUUUAAGACUCCUGAGGAUGCUCAAGCAGUAAUGAAUGCAUGCACAGAAAUUAAAAAGAAACACAGCUGGAAAUUGGAGGUCCUUUCUGGUGAUCAUGAACAGAGGUAUUGGCAGAAGAUUUUGGUAGACAGGCAGGCCAAACUUAAUCAGCCUCGGGAAAAGAAAAGAGGCACUGAGAAGCUAAGAGUGAAUGAGUGUGGAGAUGAGCAGGGAAUAGCUGGUCGUGCCCCAGCGGCCUGGGGCCUCCCCAGGGAACGUCUGCCUGUGAUGCGGGAGCGCCUGCCGGAGCCUCCUUAUCCCCACCCACCUCUCUAA